AUGCUUUUCGAAAACACCAUAGUUAUUUUCGCGGGUUGGUUUGCCUCCCGAUGGUUCGCCACGGUAGUCGUGCUUGCCCUUUCCCCGGUCCUGCUGGCCGCCGUGAGCCUCGUCCGGCAGCGGCCGAAGCUCCCAAGAAACGCACCCAAGGUUGUCCCGGAAUGGCCUCUCCUUGGAUCGAUCGCGUUCUAUUACCGACGUCAGGAGUUCCUGCACCGGGAGCAGAAAAGGAGCGGCGGCCGGCCGUUUAGCUUCCAUUACGGUAAAUACCCUAUUGUUAGCUUGUUGGGCGAAGCUGGCAGAACGCUGCUCCUUACUUCACGACAGCUGGAUCUACGCGCCGGCUACUCAGCCCUGCUCGCGGCCAGUCCCCAUAUUGAGGCAGACCUUGACGACCCAACUCAAAGUCAAGUUAAUCUAUUCAAGAAAAUAUUGACCCGUAAACGUCUGGUUGACUCGCUACCAAGCAUCCUCAAAGAUUCCUACUCGGCACUGGGUGGGCUGUCCCGCAGCGAGAGUGCGGUGCCCGUCUUUUCGCUCGUGUACCGCCUCAUCUACAGGCUGACGCAUCGCACCGGGGGGGUCCACGAGAUUGCGGAAAGUGACGCGCUCCUGGACUCUACCCUAAAGAACUUUUCCAGCGUAGAGAACUGCUCGCCCCUGCAGAUCAUGCUUCCGCGCUGGCCGCUGCCGUCGAUGCUGUCCAAGAUAUGGGGAGGCUACCGCCUGCACCGGGUGAUCGCUGGCGUGAUGCAUGAUCGUCGCAGGCACGGACGUGUUGAGAGGGACGCACUGCAGCUACUCAUGGGUUUGGGAGAAACUGACCUCGGGAUAGUGCAGUGCAUCAUCGGCAUCUUGUUUUCCGGCCUGCUCAACACUGGGGUCAUGUCCGCGUGGCUGCUUUGCCACCUUGCCGAGAAUGGCGAUUGGUAUCGCAAAGUGCAGGAUGAAGUAGACACCUUUGUCGCCAAGAAUCGCAAGAGCGCGGACGAGUCUGUUCUUGAGAUCCUGCAGCGCAUACCCUACAGCGACUGGGACACGCAACUGCCCGUCGUCGGCGUUUGUUUACGGGAGACCCUGCGACUCAACCUGUUCGGCCCUAUGCUUCGUAAAAAUCUUUCCGAUGAGGAUCUGGUUAUUCCCGGAACGAAUCUAGUCGUCCCGAAGAAGGCCUUCGCAUUCUACACAGUCGAUGACGUUCACCUUGACGAGAUGAUUUAUCCUAGCCCUUUUCAAUGGGAGCCGGCUCGACACCUCCCUGGCAGAGAUGAAGGGGCAGAUGUGCCUCAUGCAUUCCUCGGUUGGGGCUCCGGUCUGCACCCAUGCUUAGGUCUCAAGAAACAACUUGACUACGAAUUUGCCGAGUGA